UGGUGGGAUGGUGUGUUAAAGCCACACAGAGGAAGUUACGCAGCCCGGAUCAGACAGGGAGAUAAAAGCCCCGAUGGUGACCGUGAGUGAUGGCAAGAGGAUUUAGCCUCGGCAUUAACUUGGAGCGGAGUGCAGGGGGGCGGUGAGGCGCCCCGCCAUCUGGCCGGCGCCGCGCCAGGGGGGAUGCUCAGGCGCCUGGACCAGCAGCAGCGAAGCCCACCCAGGCCGGGGGCUGAGUGGGGCGCGCGUGCAGGUUCUCCCCUGGCUGCCCAGGGGGCCCCAAAAGUUUGCACUUGUUAGCAGCGACCUCCCGAUCGGCCCGGGAGGGCGAUGCAAGCGGCACGGUUGGCCCCCUUCCCUGGCCCGCGUCUUCGGGACGGCUGCGGGCGGGCCCCCCGGCGGCCCGAGGGUUCCCCAGCCCAGAUCUGACGGAGGCUACCGCAGCGGCGGCGCGGGGCAGAAGUCCCCGGCUCUCAACCCUGCAGCUCCUGCGCCCACCCAGCACCCGCCAGAGGGUGGCGGUCUCCAGCCUCUCGGGGCUCACUCUGGGAAGCUGCUCCGAGCCCGGGUGCUCCCGCUAAUGAACACAUUCUCUUUCUUCUCUCUGCACAAUGAAAGCCAAGCCAGAGCCCAGGUACCUGGAUGAAGUGAGAGUUGAGGUCUCUGGAAUUUCACGAUAAGUGGCCGAUGGCCACUAGCCAAGGUCAGCUGGCCCCCACUUGUGCCUGAGCAGAGGCAAGUGACCACUCCAGUUAACACGUCAGUGGCUUUUUUAUAGUCCAGUCACACGGUCAUUGUCACUUUCAGCCCAUAUGAAAAGAAAUCUUUUUUAUUGGUCUGAGAGACCAAGUCCAGUCCUCUUCACCAUGCAGGCUGCUAUGCAGUUGUGUGGAGCACACUGCACAUUAAGGGCCCUUUAAAGUCCUGGAUUGAUUGGAAGGACAAAAAUUAAAAGCAAUCUGAUCCAGCCCCAUGCCGGAUUCCUGCGGACUUCCUCCUUAUCCCAUUUCCACCAUCCACUGUCACAAUUUGAGAGUCUGCCCGAUUUGAUCAGCUUCACCUCUAGGGGAGGUGUAACACCAAGGUUAGGAGGACGCCAAGUUACCGGCAACUUUUUGAUCUGCCCAUCAGCAGCCUGAGAAACGCUGGCUCUGGAUUUUCUGUAUAAGCCAUUUGGAAAGCACAAGCUCCCACCGUUGGCAGACCUGCAGUGUUCAAGUCAAUGGUACAUCCCAGCCACCAUCGCCUGGUAGAUGUGGCAUUUCCAUGCUGAGGUCCCAAGUGCCCCCUGACCCCACCACCACCUCACCAGUGCCCCUCUGGGCCCCACCCAUUCGGACUGCGCAGCCAUGCUGCGCCUGCUGGCCCUCUUCCUGCACUGCCUCCCGCUGGUCUCUGGGGACUAUGACAUCUGCAAAUCCUGGGUGACCACAGAUGAGGGCCCCACCUGGGAGUUCUACGCCUGCCAGCCCAAGGUGAUGCGUCUGAAGGAUUAUGUCAAGGUCAAAGUGGAGCCCUCAGGCAUCACAUGCGGAGAUCCCCCUGAAAGAUUCUGUUCCCACGAGAACCCCUACCUGUGCAGUAACGAGUGUGAUGCCUCCAACCCGGACCUGGCCCACCCACCCCGGCUGAUGUUUGACAGGGAAGAUGAGGGACUGGCCACCUACUGGCAAAGUGUCACAUGGAGUCGCUACCCCAGUCCGCUGGAAGCCAACAUCACCCUCUCAUGGAAUAAGAGUGUGGAGUUGACAGACGACGUGGUGAUGACUUUCGAGUAUGGCCGGCCCACGGUGAUGGUCCUCGAGAAGUCCCUGGACAAUGGCCGCACCUGGCAGCCCUAUCAGUUCUAUGCAGAGGACUGCAUGGAGGCCUUCGGCAUGUCUGCCCGCCGCGCCCGAGACAUGUCACCCUCCAGCGCCCACCGGGUCCUCUGCACUGAGGAGUACUCACGCUGGGCAGGGUCCAAGAAAGAGAAGCAUGUGCGCUUUGAAGUAAGGGACCGCUUCGCCAUCUUUGCUGGCCCUGACCUGCGUAACAUGGACAACCUGUACACGAGGAUGGAGAGCGCCAAGGGCCUCAAGGAGUUCUUCACCUUCACUGACCUGCGCAUGCGCCUGCUGCGUCCCGCGCUAGGUGGCACCUAUGUGCAGCGAGAGAACCUCUAUAAGUACUUCUACGCCAUCUCCAAUAUCGAAGUCAUCGGCAGGUGUAAGUGCAACCUGCAUGCCAACCUGUGCACGGUACGAGAGGGCAGCCUGCAGUGUGAGUGUGAACACAACACCACGGGCCCUGACUGUGGCAAGUGCAAGAAGAACUUCCGCACACGUGCCUGGCGAGCUGGCUCCUACCUGCCACUGCCCCAUGGCUCUCCCAAUGCCUGUGCGGCUGCAGGCUCCGCCUUUGGCAACUGCGAGUGCUACGGCCACUCCAACCGCUGCAGCUACAUUGACUUCCUGAACGUAGUGACCUGCGUCAGCUGCAAACACAACACUCGAGGACAACACUGUCAGCACUGCCGCCUGGGCUACUACCGCAAUGGCUCUGCCGAGUUGGAUGACGAGAACGUCUGCAUUGAAUGUAACUGUAACCAGAUCGGCUCCGUGCACGAUCGAUGCAAUGAGACAGGCUUCUGCGAGUGCAGGGAGGGCGCAGUGGGGCCCAAGUGCGACGACUGCCUUCCCACGCACUACUGGCGCCAAGGAUGCUAUCCUAACGUGUGCGACGACGACCAGCUGCUCUGCCAGAACGGCGGCACCUGCGAGCAGAACAAGCGCUGCGCCUGCCCGCCAGGCUACACCGGCAUACGCUGCGAGCAGCCCCGCUGUGAUCUCGCUGACGACGCUGGCCCGGACUGUGACCGCGCGCCAGGCGCCGCCCCGAGCCCCGACACUCUGCUCGGAUGCCUGCUGCUGCUCGGGUUGGCCGCCCGUCUGGCCUGCUGAGCCCAUUCUAGGGGUCCGGGGAUCCCGGGCCCGGCGGCGACACGGGUGCGGCUGAGCUGCUCCCAGGUGCUACUCGCAGAGUCAUCCCGCCCUCCCUGCUCCGCCCGCGCUCACCAGACCCGCCUGGCACUGCCCGCGCCGGCCACAGGGGGCGCUGUGGAGCCCUGGCCCGGCGGACUGCGGAUUUUCAGUUUUUUAUGACCUAAUGUCUUUAUCAUUUUCCAUUUUCUUAUGUUUCUGUCUUUGUUCUCUCUUUUUUCCUCCUCCUCCUCCUCUUUCUCUUCUUCUUCUCCUCCUCCUCUUCCCCCCUCCCUCCUCCUCCUUUUCCCCCUCCCCUCCUCCCUCUUCCCCUCCUUCCUCUCCUCCUUCUCCUUUCCCUCCGCUUUCCUCUACUCCUCUCCCUCUUCCUCUCCCCCUCUUCCUUUCUUUUGCUGGCGGUGAGACAGGAACUGGGGAGAAACGCUGCUCACCCCAACACCCGCAGGUACACACACACACACACACACACACACCUCUUGCGCACACCCCAGCGCCUGUUCCUGGCUGCCACCAUCAGCCUGGAACUCCAGUUGCCUACAACUCUACUAGUCGCUGACUUGAUUCUCUUUUGUAUUUUUUUUUUUUUUUUUUUUUUUUUUUUUUUUUUUUUUUUUUUGGCACUCACCAGACCCCCAGGCCCCCAAGGAGGUCUGGAGAUAGAGGAACUCACUGUCUGGGGGAGGGGUAGGACAAAGGGCGGGAAGGGGGUGGAAACCUUGUUUUCUAGAGAACUAUUUUAUUUGUAUCCACUGUCCCUUGUGAGGACGGACUCGGGUGGGAGCUGGUCACCGAAGGUGGCUGACAGAGUACAAGCCCACAGUAAAGCGACUUCACAGCUGC